UCUGUGUUGUUGGGUUCAUUAAAAUCCUGUUAACUCAUAUAUAAAGAUUGCUUGAUAUUGGUAUGAGACAAUCCAAUAUUCUCAACUAUGGGUUCCAUGUCUGGAAUCCUUCAAAGACCUCUAACUGCAGCGGCUGCUGUUGCCGUAGCUGCUUUCUCUGCUAAUAAUCUCACUGAUAAAUUGCCCACAACCAAGUCAUCUGAACAGUCUAUUACCUCAGAAACAUCGAGUUCUUCUCAUCAAAGUUCGGUAGAGGAUUCGAGGUCAUGGGUGUCUCGAGUUUCUGUCUCUAAUCUCAGAAACUUGUCGUUUGCGACAAGGGUUCGGAUUCCUGUGCCUACUAUUAGAUACCCAGUUCCUAAUUCUGGUUUUUCAAACGUUCCCAGUUCAUGGUUUGAUUCGCUUUCGACUUCUGUUGCUUCUCCUCCUGUUCUUGUAACGUCGUAUCAGUCUGCGGAUUUGGCCAAACCCCCGAAGGCAUCUGAGGGCAUAAAUCGCCCCCCUUCAUCAUCCUCAGAGGUUCUGUAUAAAUGGCAUUUACCUGACCCAAAUGCUUAUGGGGCUUCCGAUAAUUCCGAAUGCUCAUCUACAAAGUCUAGAACAGUUGUGGUUUUACUUGGAUGGUUGGGUGCCAAACAGAAGCAUCUGAAGAGAUAUGCAGACUGGUAUACAUCAAGGGGGUUCCAUGCCAUUACCUUUACUUUCCCGAUGUCUGAGAUCCUCAGUUACCAGAUUGGUGGGAAAGCUGAAGAGGACAUAGAGUUGCUUGUGAACCAUUUGGCUGGUUGGUUAGAAGAAGAGCACGGGAAAAAUCUCAUUUUUCAUACUUUUAGCAAUACUGGCUGGUUGACUUACGGUGUUAUUCUUGAGAAGUUUAAGAACCAGGAUCCUACUUCAAUGGGUAAUAUUAGGGGUUGCAUUGUUGACUCGGCUCCUGUUGCAGCUCCAGACCCACAGGUCUGGGCUUCAGGUUUUUCAGCUGCAUUUUUGAAAAAGCAGAGCAUUGCAACAAAAGGAUUGGCUCAUGCUGAUUCUGGUGUUGAAGUCAGAGGUAGUGCCAAAAGUGAGGAACCCAAACCUGCAGUAACCGAAGCAGCUUUGCUGGUUGUUCUGGAGAAGUUCUUUGAGGUGGUUCUGAAUCUUCCUAAAGUUAACAGGAGGCUUUCUGAUGUGCUGGGUCUGUUAUCGUCAGAUCAGCCAAGAUGUCCACAGUUAUAUAUCUACAGCUCUGCAGACAGGGUUAUUCCAGCUGAAUCUGUGGAAUCCUUCAUAGAGGAGCAGCGAAGUGCUGGCCGUGAGGUCAGGGCUUGCAACUUUGUCUCCACUCCCCAUGUUGAUCAUUUCAGAAAUGACCCAAAUCUCUAUACGUCUCAGCUCACCAAGUUUUUGGAGGACUGUUUGCUCACUUGUUGUAAACAUUCUUCUUAAGUGAGAAAAAGUUGCAUUUCCAUUUUCCUGCCAGAUCAUACUUUCUAUAGAUGAUAUACCCAUUCAAUCUUAACUGUAAUUUCUUCAUUAAAUUUGUUGUAGAGGUUAUCCGAUGCAAGGAAGAAUGAUCUCUACUCUUGUUUCUAGCUUUUCAUUAUAUCUGCUGUACAAAACUGUAGAGCAAUGCAGUAAUAUAUUCAGGGGUGAACCCCAUAUUUCUUUGAAAAUUUUAGAAACAAUGAUUUACAUAUUUUUUUU